UGGAUGCUUUUACUUUUGCCAACGCUGAUAUGGCUGACCUUCAUUUGUCCUUACUUUUUAGCACUGCUGGCCAUAUUCAAAAUUACCUUCGUAUCCAGGAUGAUAAUUUAAGCGGAGAAGCAUCAUCAACUGAUAAAGCAACGAAGGAGUGUAUGGAGGAGCUAGUGAAGAUUGGUAAAGGCAUCUUGCAGAAGCCUAUUUCAAGGAUGAAUCUUGAAAGCUGCAAAAAUGAAGCUGUAGAAAAUGAAGGCACAAAUGAACAAGCUCUUAUCAGAUUUGCAAAGAUGCUUUCAGAGGAGAAGAGACUUCGCACUAAAAGGAUGAAGGAGAAGAAGGUCUUUUCUAAUGGAGAUGCAUGACCAAGUAUAGAAUAAGCAAAAAUAAAUUGUCGUUCUUCUAAGAGAUGAUUAAUUUCUCGUUUAAUGUAUAAUAUAUAGCGCCAACUGAUUCCUAUUAUUCUUAGAGAGAUUAAAUUAAUUCUCUCAAUAUCUCCCAUUUGUCAAAGCAGUUGGAUCUCUUAAAUGUACAUUUUAAUUUCUCAUUAAUGUUGCUCAUUGUAUUUGUAAAUCAACAUCAUCA